AUGUCUGCGUCUACUCAAUCUACGUCUCUUCAAGUCGCUCUAGACGCGGCCGUCGAGAGCUUCGUCGCUCGCAACCCCAAGUCCCAGGUUCUCCAUGAGGAAGCCGUGAAGACCUUUCCUGGCGGUAACACGCGGACCGUGCUUCAUACAAGCCCGUUUCCUGUUUGUAUGAAGGCUGGAAAGAACUUCCAGGUAGUCUCGGAAGACGGCGACGGGUACACUGACCUGACGGCUGAGUUUACUGCUGGCUUGUACGGCCACUCCAACCCAGAGAUACUCGCCGCCCUCCAACACGUCAUUCACAAUGUUGGUCUGAAUGUUGGUGCGACGACGGCACAAGAGCAACUCUUUGUCAGGGCCCUGUGCGACCGAUUCGGUCUCGAGCGCAUUCGCCUGACCAACUCCGGCACGGGAGCCAACCUGCACGCCCUCGCCGCCGCGAAGCUCUACACAAAGAAGAGCAGGGUGGUGGCCUUUGGCGGCGGCUACCACGGCGCUGUACUUGGUUUCAAGGACAGCCAGGUCGCGGCCAACAAUGUGGACAAGGCCGACUGGAUUCUUGCCAAGUACAAUGACAUUGAAAGCGCCGUCAAGGCAAUCAAGAGCGAUGGUGUCGCCGCUGGAUCGGGUGGCUGCAUCUGCGGCACUAAAGAGUUUCUUACCGGUGUGGAAAAGGCUGCGAAAGAGACCGGUGUCAUCUUCAUCGUGGAUGAAGUCAUGACUUCGCGCAUCUCGGGUGCAGGUUUAUCUGCCGUGCAUGGGCUCAAGCCUGACAUGAAGACAUUCGGCAAGUACCUAGGCGGCGGUGUCGCUUUUGGUGCUUUCGGCGGUCGCGAAAACAUCAUGGCUGUAUACGACCCGCGUGCAAAGGGCUCGGUUGCUCACUCGGGCACCUUUAACAACAACACCUUUGUCACUCACUGCGGCUAUGCUGGCCUGACCAAGGUGUACCCGCCAGACGUGGCCGAGGCCUUCACAAAGACGGGAGAGGACUUGCUCGCCCGGCUUAACGAGGUUAACAAAGGCACUAAGCUUUGCUUCACAGGCAUCGGGUCCGUCGCGGCCAGUCAUUUUGUAGCACACGGACCCCAUGACAUUUUGGACGCGCUGGACGUGGCAGAGAUUGAUGAGCUGAAAGAUCUCUUUUGGUUUCAUGUACUGGAAAAUGGGUUCUGGGUUACACGCCGUGGUUUUUUAUGCCCGCUUCCCCCUUCUCGAACCAGUAGCCUUUCUUCUCUCUUCUUCAUCCUUCAUACGAACUACUGGAUCUUUUCACUGCCGCUUUUGAGCUUGCGUCGUGCCCUUUGCUACGGAGUUACGAUGGACUCCAAAGAUGUUCCCCGCAAGGAAUACUUAAAGGACUUGAUUCCAAAGAUCGAAGCCGCACAUCUCAGGUCUAAGGAAGAAGAAGGAAAUGAAAUUUUACUCUAUCCCAGUCGAGAUGAGAUUCUUGCCGAGUUUUCCCACAUGCGCUCUCACCCCGAUCACCACAAGGGCAACCUCUUGACCUUGGAUCACUCGGCCCCUUAUGCACCAUGCGUUCUCUCGAGCGACGAACUCGAACCAAUUCUCAUUUCCGAUAUGAAAAUGGAGACUCACCAUCGGGGCCGCAAGAUUUUACUGCGGGUUUGUACCCCGGUCUGCCGUGUAGAUGGUCUGAUGAUGGUCACCGACGAUGAGAACGAGACGGCGAUCAGAUUGCAGUUGUAUCAUCAGCCUGAAGAAGCACUCAUUCCCGCGGCCCAGCUUUUCAAACCUGGAACAGUUCUUAUUGUGAAAGAGCCAUGGUUCAAGCGAAGCCUGGAGGGCACGUUCGUUCUCCGAGUAGACCAUGUAAGCGAUCUUAUUCGGCUUCAUGGCCAAGAUGAACGCAUCCCGUCCAAAUGGAGAGCUCGAUUUGUCGAGCUCGACAGCGCCAAGUCAAGAAUUGCCGGCAACGAGCACUUCAGAAACCGCGAAUGGGACAACGCCUUGCAGCAGUACACUCGAGCGAUCGAGGUCGCUGAAAAUGACGGGGACGCUCAGGUUGCGUACGUCAAUCGUUCUCUUGUCAACCUUCGGCUUGGAAGACCUGAAGAGGCAUUCCGUGACGCCGUUGCAAUGAACUCCAAGCUUCAGCCGACUGAAAAGGGAGUUUUCCGGGAGGCCUUGUGCCUGUACCAGCUGCAGAAAUUUGAUCAAUGCUUUUCCAAAUUGCGUGAGCUUCUCGACUUGUAUCCCAGCAAUAGCGCGGCUCCGGCCGAGAUGGAAAAAGUCCGCGCCAGGUUGCUAGAAUGCAAUGAAGGCAUUUAUGACUGGCAGAACAUGUAUGAACAAGCCAAGAAUACGCCUCCGCUCAUCGACUGCGGUACUUUUUCGAAGAACGUCGAGGUGCGGGAGUCGCCUGAAAAAAAAAGAGGCUUGUUCACAAGCAAGGCGGUUGUCGCAGGCGAGCUGUUGCUUUGUGAAAAGGCUUUCGCUUACAGUUUUACUGAUGAGCAAACCGCUUUUCUAAACUUUGAGACAAAGAAGGCGUCUGAAGGCGGCCAUGUUGAGAUUCUUACGCAAAUUGUGCAAAAGAUUUACCAUGCGCCCGAGACGACCUCUUCAUUCCUGGAAUUACAUCACGGCGAGUACAAUGCCUUGCGCGUCGAUUCUAAGCCAGUCGUGGAUACCUUUCUCCUUCCAAACAUCAUCGCAAGAAACUCCUUCCGCAGUCCAAGAACCACGUUGGAGUCCUUGGGAGGACGUCUAUGCGAAGAAGAUUCCAGCCAAGUACGGAUCAGCGAAAACGACCAAGCAAUCUACGCCAACGGCAUAUGGAGCAUCGCUUCAUAUAUUAACCAUUCUUGCGUUGAAAAUUGCAACAGAUCUUUCAUUGGAGACAUGAUGAUUAUUCGUGCCACCGAAGAUUUGCCCGCAGGCGCCGAGCUUAGAUUUGCCUACGUAAGAAUGGACGUGACCGAGCGAUACGAAGAGUUUCAAGCUAGACUUGCUUGGUGGGAUACCUCUUGUAACUGCUACCUGUGCAAGAUGAACAAAAAGACCCCCCUCGCCGACAUGAGACAGCGGCAAGCUCAUUUUCAGAGUCUGGAGGAACUUUUGGCUAGAUCUGGUUCUGUCAACGUGAACCAAGCGCGGUCGCUGUUGAAGCAGAUCGACAAGACUUACAAGAAUGCAGGCCAGACUAAGCUCAAGCUCGCUCUCCAGAGAGGAUAUCACCUCCUAGCUCAGGCAUUGCAGGUACGUGACAAUUUGGUCGAGGCCAUGCUCAUGCUGCGUCGUGUGCUGGAGCUCGAGGGUUUCAUCCUAGCUAGCACUGCGGGACAUGCGCGCCAGAACCCCGCCGUGAUUGAGAUUCGAAAAUGGGGUGCUUGUUGCACCCAAAUUUCUUUUUACGCUAUUUUAGAGCUUUUCUUCCUGGGCAUGAGAAUCGACAGUAUCCCGGAUUCACCAGAUCAGAUGAGCGGCGUCAUGGCCAUGAAGGCAUAUGCCGAAACCGCAUACUCCAUCUGGUUUGGGGAAAAGGAUACGUUCACUACCGACUUGGGAGGGUUCAUCUAG